AUGAAACAGCUCUAUUCUCGCCGAAAAAUUCUUCUCCUUCACGCGUUGCUCUGCGUACUAUCCUCUGCGAGGCCUGCCUCCAACUCCCUCUUCCAUGCAGCGAAGAGACCUGGAAUAGCGCGGGGGAACCUUGCCCUGCGCGGAGGGAGCAAGGAUGAGACACUGAAGAGGAGCAUGCACGAACUUGACGUGCUUCACGAGACUCAGAAUGAGACUGUCAAGAGGAGGAGAGGGAGGGAGGACAGUGAGAGGGGCUUCAAGGAGUGGGAGUUGGCGGUGCCCCUUGCCAACUCAAGCAUGAAUGAGAACUGCUCCGAGCCGAUGAUCGACUCUCAGGCGACGGUGCCGACUGAUCUGGUUGAUGAGAUUUACUCCUUCAUGGAGGAGAACAGCAUUUCGUCCAGCGAUCUCGAGUCCUCUGGCAAGAUACUCAAGAAGCUCGAUGAAAGGUCCAUCAAAGUGGACGAAGAGUUUCGCCUCAAGAAUCAAUUCAAUUCUUCUUUCCAAUUCCCGCAACCCCAAGACAGCAUCAUGGAAUUCCGAGCUUUCAUGAAUUCUUUUGUUUUGGGGCGCGUGUGUGAAGGCAUGUGGACGAACGUUGCACUGCUGUACAACAACUCACACAAAGUUGCCUCUGAUGACGAAUCAGCCGAUGAUGCUGGUAUGGCGGCUGGGGGGGUGGAGGAGGAAGGGGAAAUGGAGGGAUAUGUGGAGGAGAAGGGAUAG